AUGGCAGAAGAAACAUACGACGCAGUCAUUGUGGGCGCAGGCUUCGGCGGAAUUUAUCAGCUCUAUCGACUUCGCAAACUCGGACUUAAAUGUCUCGUGAUCGAUCAAGCUGGAGGAGUUGGAGGCACUUGGUAUUGGAAUCUCUAUCCAGGAGCAAUGUCCGAUACGGAAAGCUAUGUUUACAGAUACUCUUUUGAUAAGGAAGAUCUCUCUACAUAUCCGUGGCCGGAGCACUAUGUCAAGCAACCUGAAGUACUCAGAUAUCUCAACCAUGUUGUCGACAAGCACGAUCUCAGGAAAGAUAUGCGGUUCGACACUCAGCUCUUAGGUGCGAACUGGGAUGAUUCGUCACAGUCGUGGAAGAUCAGUACCAGUAGCAGCGACAAAUCGAUCGUUGCAAAGUAUCUGGUGACCUGUCUUGGUCUUCUCUCGAAGCAGAACAUCCCAGAUAUACCAGGUCUGGACUCGUUCUCUGGCGAAAUGUAUCACACAGCCAAAUGGCCGAAGGGUGUUACGCUCGAGGGGAAGAGAGUGGGCGUUAUCGGUUCUGGGUCGACAGGUGUCCAGGUCAUCACAGAGAUUGGUAGCAAAGUCAAGAGUUUGACCUGUUUCCAACGACAUCCGCAAUAUAGCGUGCCUUCAGGAGACGCGAAAGUCACCGCGGAAGAGCGCAAAGAGAUCAAUGAGAAUUAUGAUGAGAUCUGGGAGCGGGUGCGUAAUUCAAUCACAGCCUUCGGUUUCGAGGAAAGCAAGAUAUCCUAUCAUUCCGUGUCUCCUGAGGGGCGAGAGAGGAUAUUCCAGGAGAAUUGGGAUAAGGGGAAUGGUUUCAGAUUCAUGUUCGGGACAUUCAACGACAUUACCAUCGACGAAGAAGCAAACGAGGGAGCAUGCGAUUUCAUUCGAAGGAAGAUCGAUGAGAUCGUGAAAGAUCCAGAGAAGGCUCGCAAACUGAAGCCAUACGAUGUUUACGCGAGGCGUCCGCUUUGCGAUGGCAAUGCGUCGAAUGGACAGAAGUACUUCGAACAGUUCAAUAGAGACAAUGUCGACAUUGUGGAUUUGAAGGAGACACCGAUCCAGCAAGUCGAAGCCCGCGGGGUGAGGACUUCCGACGGGAGUUUGCAUGAAAUCGACCUUUUGAUCUUGGCGACCGGCUUUGACGCAGUGGAAGGCAAUUAUACCAGAAUGGCGAUUCAUGGCAGAGAUGGCCUGUCACUCCAGGAGGCUUGGUCUGAUGGUCCUACCUCUGCUCUGGGCAUCUUCGUGCCCUCUUUUCCAAACUUUCAUAUGGUAAAUGGCGCCAAGGGACCUUUUACCAACCAGCCACCGGCCAUCGAAGUUGAGGUUGACUUCGUCACGGAGACCAUCGAGCGAGCUGAGAAAGCUGGUACCCGACUCGUCGAAGUGCUGCCAGAGGGAGAGCAGAGAUGGGCACAGCUGUGUGAAGAGCUUGCCGCAGGGUCGCUCUUCCACAAGGGCACUGAGAAUUGGAUAUUCGGUGCCAAUAUUCCAGGGAAGAAGAAAUGCUUGAGGUUCUAUUUUGGCGGGAUGGGAGGGUAUCUGAGCGAGCUGAAGAAGUGUCAGGAGAACAACUAUCCUGGAUUUCGGCCGUUCACGCAGGAAGCGGUUGCCGCUGCGUCGUAA